AUGGCGCAACUUUCUUACCUUGUGGCACUUCUGGCACUGCCAGCUAUCUCAAUAGCGGCUGCGGUUCCUCCAAGACACUCCUCUAGCAUCUCCCGAGUGGUGAAUGGAUCCCCAGCAGUACUGGGGCAAUAUCCCUCCAUAUUGUCCAUGGAAUUUUUCCUAGAAAAUUCAACAGCAACAAGACAUGCAUGUGGUGCUACAUUGAUUGAUGACAGAGUGGCUAUCACUGCUGCUCAUUGUGUUACAUUCCAGAAUGGCACACCAACGCCUCCUAAUCUCCCUGAUGUUAUCAAUUCGACAAUCGUUCGUGCAGGAUCUCUUAUAGCUACCUCUGGUGAGGUUGAAGUUGGUAUUUCAGACAUCGUUGUGCAUCCUCAAUACAUUAGCAGAGCUCUUCAUCAUGACAUUGCCAUACUUCUUCUCGCUGCCCCUAUUUCGGAGGGCCCAAAUAUUAAGUAUGCCAAGCUUCCCAAAAAAUAUUUCGAUCCUGCCCCCAAAACCAAAGUAUUGACAGCUGGCUGGGGUGCUACAUCUGUUAAUGUCACAACCCCCGAUUCUUUACUCCAGGUGGAGCUCCCUGUUAUUGAACGCAAUGCCUGCAGAAAGAUGCAUGCCAGCAAGCCCUUUCCUCUUUCGGAAAUUGUCACAGACUAUACAAUUUGUGCCGGUGCAGAUUUAAAGUCCUCAUGCUAUGGAGAUAGCGGAGGGCCUCUCCUUGAUGAGACUGGCCAGGUACUGCUUGGGGUUGUAUCAGCUGGUUAUCUCUGUGGUACAGAUGGGUAUCCAACAAUAUUUACGCGGGUCAAUCUUGACUAUCUCUACGAAGUCACAUCAAGCAGCCAUCUCUCGUUCUGCCUCUCGCUUCGUUUUACGAGUCCUUACCCCACUACUCCGCUAAACAAAAUGGCUGACUGGGACUCCGUCACUGUCAUCGGUAGCAAGCACCGUGGUGGAGCCGCGCCCCGUGAGACUGUUGUCAAGGGCCGCUCCGCUCUUAACGCCGCUGCUCGAUCUGGCGCCAUCAUCGGCACAGAAAAGAAAUUCGCUACUGGCAACACUGCCUCUCGCCCCGCCGUUGAAGGCCAACAUCUCACCAAAGUCGACCGUUCCGACGACAUUGUCAAGCCCAAGACUGUGGGUCUAGAAGUCGGUGAAGCCAUCAAGCGUCGUCGCAACGACGAGAAAUACAAGAUGUCCCAAAAGGAACUGGCCACCAAAUGCAACACCACCGUCAGCAUUGUCCAGGACUUUGAACGUGGUACCGCUGCCCCCGAUCAGAAGGUGCUUUCGUCCAUGGAGAGAGUCCUGAAUGUCAAGUUGCGUGGUGCGAAUAUCGGGGAUGAGAAGUUUCCGGCGAAGAAGAAGUGA